AUGUACCAACAACACAAUCCCCUGAAGGCAAAGCAGCGAGUGGAUGUUCUUCAUCUGCAGCUGCAGAAUCUGUUGUAUGAGGUCAUGCACCUGCAGAAGGAGAUCGGCAAAUGUCUCGAGUUCAGGUCUCAGCAUGAGGAGAUCGAGCUGGUCAGUGAAGAGGAGUUUUUUCAGGAGGCUCCGGCUGAGAUCUCACGCCCUCAUGUGACCCGUGAUGACCAGCACCAGCUCACGCUCGCCCGCCUGGACUGGGAACUAGAGCAGAGGAAGAGACUGGCGGAGCAGUAUAAGAUGUCUCUGGCUAGAAAGGAGAAGAUCCAGAAAGCCAUUGAGCAGAAGAGAGAAUAUCUGAGCAGCCUUCAGCCUGGACUGCAAAACAUCAUGCAGGCGUCUCUCCCAGUGCAGGAGUAUCUGGCGAUCCCGUUUGAGCACAUGCAGAAGCAGGCCGAGGUCGCCCGUCACCUGCCGCCCCCUCUGUACGUGCUGUUAGUGCAGGCGGGUGCGUACGGACAGGCUUGCGACAAGAACCUGUCCGUGAGCAUCAGGGGAGAUGUGGAUGAGGCCAAAGCUCUCUCCAGGCCCCCGGAGGACUCACAAGAUGAUGAAAGUGAUUCGGACACUGAAGAGGAGCAACAGAACACAAAGCGCCGGCGCGCGACUUCAGGUGUUCAGCUGGAUGACAAGCGUAAAGAGAUGCUGAGACGCCACCCUCUCUCUCUCUGCGUGGACCUCAAGUGUAAAGACGGCAGCGUCCUGCAUCUGUUUUUCUAUUAUCUCAUGAAUCUCAACAUCCUGACGGUGAAGACCAAGGUUUCCACGACUGCGGAUCUGUCCGGAGCCGUCAGCGCUGGAGAGCUGCUGAACUCUGAGAGUCUGCUGAACUGUCUUUAUGCGUCCGAUCACGGCAAAGAGACGCCCAACCCUGCCAACCGCUACCAGUUUGAUAAAGUCGGGAUCACUACGUUUGGGGAUUAUGUGUCGGAUCUCGGACAUCCGUAUGUUUGGGUGCAGAAACUGGGCGGCCUGCAGUUCUCCUCUGGUGGUGCACAGUCGGGACUGACAGGCAGCGCUCUGAGCGCCAGUCACAUGGAGAGGACCAUGAAACUACUGCGAGGAAGACUGCAGGCUCGACUGGCCCUACACAAACAGUUCAGCUCACUGGAGCACAGCAUCAUACCCGUCUCCAGCGAGUGCCAACAUCUGUUUCCUGCUAAAGUGGUUUCUGGUCUCAUGCGCUGGACCCUGAUGAGCCAUCAGGAGUUCACUGAGCUGGGCUUCGUGCAGCAUGUGUUGAAGGCGGGUCUGGUGCAUGAGACCGAUCUGUUCUUCAUGGCAGCUGUAGAGAGAGGAACAGCUCGUCUGCUGGCUGCUGUGGUGAUGAACCCGCGUUACCCUGAGGUCGCGCCGCUCUUCUCUCUCUCGCUGCACUGGAAAGGAGAGCGCAGCGGGCGCACCGAUGAUAACCUGCGGGCGAUGGAGAGCGAGGUGAACGUGUUCCGCUCCGAGCUGCAGGGGCCACGUCCGGGUCUCCAGCUCCUGACCAAUCAGAUCCAGCGCUUGUGUGUGUGUCUGGAUGUGUAUCUGGAGACGGAGAGUCAAGUGUGUGACGGGUCUGAGGGACCCAAGGAGUUUCCUCGAGAGAAGAUGUGCUUGCGCACUGCCAGGGGUCCGAGCCGUCUGAAGCCCUUCAAGUACAACCAUCCUCAGGGCUUCUUCAGUCACCGCUGAAUCCGGAUGAGGAUGAACGAGACUGCUGUAGUGUCAUCAGGAGGGGCUGAAAUCCCUCUCUCAUUCUGUUAUCUAGCUUUUAUCUCUAUUCUUUAACCCAUGUUUCUCUGUUUGCACAUAUAAUGUGAAUUAGAAAAUAAAACACUGAUUUUGAUAAGAAAAA